AUGUCUCUCCAAGGCAAGGUCAUUGCCGUGACAGGCAGCGCCAGCGGCAUCGGCCUAGCGACCGCCAAGCUCAUCUCACAACGUGGGGGAACGGUCUGCAUCGCCGAUGUCAACUCGGAUGUCCUCAGUGAAGUUGAAUCAUACUUCACCUCCAUCACACCAUCUGUUCCAUACAUGAUCUCAAAAGUUGAUGUUGCCAAUAGACAAGAAGUAGAAAGCUGGAUCACUGAGAUCAAGGACAAACACGGUCGUCUUGAUGGAGCGGCCAACGUUGCAGGCGUCAUCGGAAAAGACCACGGCAUUAAGUCGGUAGCAAACCUGGACGACGAUGAAUGGCACAAAAUCAUCGGUGUCAACCUGACAGGAUUGAUGUACUGUCUCCGGGCAGAGCUCAACAAUAUCAGUGAUGGUGGGUCGAUUGUCAACAUGGCCUCCAUUCAUGCCACAACUGGCGUUGCCAACCAUGGUGCAUAUGCUGCGAGCAAACAUGGCGUUCUGGGUCUCACUCGGGUUGCUGCGAAGGAAAAUGGCUCCCGAGAGGUUCGAGUCAAUGCCGUUGCGCCGGGACCAAUUUAUACCCCCAUGAUGCAGGGCUUUUAUGAUCGGACCGGACGACCAGCAGAUACGCCGUUCGACGACCCUAUCGCAUUCCGACGUCAGGGUACUGCUGAAGAGGUGGCAAAUGUGAUUGGAUUCUUACUGGGGCCUGAAAGCGCUUUCGCUUUGCUUGUUUCCGAUAACGGGUACUUCCUGAGUUCAAUUGAGUACGGCCCGUUUGUGCAACGCACCUAA